AACUUUUUUGAAAUUUAUAUUUAUAUAAAUACAUAUAUACACAUCCGGGAAUGUACUACAAUAAGUUGCAUAGUAUUUUUACUCUAUUCUCAGCAACAGGAGCAGGACCCCACCAAUUUGUAUAUUGCAAACCUACCACUGAACUUCAAAGAGAACGAUGUUGAAGGAUUGCUCUCUCAGUAUGGGCAAGUUAUUUCAACGCGUAUAUUACGCGACACUGCUGGACAAAGUAAAGGUGUUGGAUUUGCAAGAAUGGAGUCCAAAGAAAAAUGUGAACACAUAAUCCAGAUGUUUAACGGAAAGGCACUACAAGGGGCUAAAGAUCCUCUAUUGGUGAAAUUCGCUGAUGGUGGUAACAAGAAAAAAUCAUUAUACAAAAGUACAAUAUGGAGAGAAACUGGAGAGAAUAUGACACUGAAUUACGAUACAAGCGGUGUUGGUCAAAAUGGGGUUGCGACCACUCACAUGCUACCCGCAGCCACUUUAACACAAUAUAGUCGUCAUUAUGGCCAAGCAUUACCUGGUUACAGCGUACCAGGAACCCCAUGGGUCACUCCUUAUUUGGUGCAGACUGCCCCUCCACACAUGCAACAGGUCGACAUGAUGCCAUCAGCAGAUCCUAGCAACCCACAAUACAGUAUGAUUCCUCAGCUUACCACACAAAUGUCUACAUUGCAUCUUGGCACUGGUUCCUACAUAGCAGCAAGCCCACAUCCCUAUCCUUACACUACUUACCCUCCUAGCAUUAUUCAUACCAUGCCAUUGGGUGAUUCUGAACAGACAAGUAACGCGGCAUCUCCUGAUGACUCCUAUCAACAAUACCAAGCUCAGCAGCCUAAGUAGGCUAUGGUUUUUAGAUACGAUUACACCGAGGGUUAUGUAAGUUAGGAGAACAACACCUGUUGAUACGAAGGAUUAUAUUAAUGAAGAAUAGAUGAGACUAAAUACAUUACAUAAAGUCAGAUAAGAUUCUUCCUCAUGAUAAUUGACUUGCCAGCCAUCUUUUAUACAUUUUAUCCACCAGAUAAAUAGGUGAAAGUAGUUAAUAUUUUCCAACGAUUAGAGAAUGAAUGUUGUCAUAAGAAGGGGGUACGAGUGCUCGUGUCAUCUACAUUGUUCGGCACCAGCACGGCUCCAUACGCUGUAAUC